UGAGCUGCCUUUAUUCCGUCUCUCUUUUUUUUCUCCGUUUAGAUCAUGUCCGAAACUUUCUAGUUCAACCUGUAUUUAGUCAUGGCGGCUUAGCCUGAUUCAAAAACCCUAAACCCAAUUUUCCCCCUUUCUUAAUUCUCAAUUUCUCCAAAAAAUUCCAAUGGCCGCUUCACUAGCCCUCAAAUUCAGAUCCAAUCUAAUCCGCACCGCCUCUCUCUUCCGCCACUCUCUUCGCCAACCACCCUUCCAACCCUCACCACCACUCAUCGCUUCCUUCUCCAUCACCCCUUCCAUCCCCCUCAACCCCCCCACCUGGUCCUCUCUCCCCAUCCACCGCUUCCUCUCCACAUCACGACGCCAACCAUCACGCCCGAAGAAAACCGUUGACAUCGGCGCACGCGCACGGCAACUUCAAACCCGUCGUCUGUGGACCUACGUGCUCACAUUCGCGGCCAUGGCUGGAUUCGUCGUCGUUGUCCUCAACAGCUUCCCCGAUCAAUUAGUUUUCUACGUCACCCCAACCGACUUAUUAGAAAAAUACAAAAAUAACCCUACGAAAGCGAAGUUUCGAUUAGGCGGUUUAGUCCUCGAAGGAAGCGUGGUGUAUCCAUCUUCUUCUCCUGACGUAGAAUUCGUUGUCACCGAUUUGAUCACCGACAUGGUUGUUCGUCACCAAGGCUCUUUGCCUGAUUUGUUCAGGGAAGGACACUCGGUUGUUGCUGAAGGGUUCGUGAAACCCUUCACUGAUGAGAUUAAAAAAGAUACUUCGUUGAAGAACGUUUCGGCGAAGGCUAGAAGCGGAGAGUAUUAUUUUUUGGCUACUGACGUUCUUGCUAAGCAUGAUGAAAAGUAUAUGCCUAAAGAAGUUGCUGCAGCUAUUGAGAAGAAUAAGAAGAUUCUUAAGGAUAAGAAGAUUCUUGAGGAUAAGAAGAUUCUUGAGGAAGCUUCUAGUUUGCCUGAGGUUAAACCUAGCAUCUCUUAGUUUGAAUUUUAAUUUUAUGGAGACUAUAUUACAAUGUUAUGAUUUUUGAGGGAUUUUGGAUUGAAUAUUAUUAUUUAACAAUAUGCUGAGAAUUUUUUGUAAUAACUAUUAGGAGGAACACAUUGUUGAAAAAUAAAGGAGCGAUAAUGGAUAGAGAGAUUAGGAAAAAUUUGAUUUUUAUGAGGCUACUAUAUGUCUUAUUGUUGUAAUGCAUUAUAUUUCUCAAUAAAUAUUCAGGGUGAUAAAAUUUGAAAAUAUUCAAAAAGGGAAUACGUUUGUUCUGGAA